ACCGGAGGCAAGGGGGAAGCAUGUAGGGGAUCCAAACUGUCCCCUGCCAUGCCCGCUGGAGCGGGGUGACGGGCGAGGGGGACCUGUGGGCUGACCCCUCCUAGGGAUGAACUAGAGACCUCUGAAGCUGCAGGGGGAUGACCAGGAUGGCUCGCGGCAGCAGUGGCAACGAGAGCUUGUUGCUGUACUUUCGAUGGAAUGGUCCAGGACGCCAGUCCUUGCUUAGUGACCACGUGACUUGCAGCAGCUGGGACCCGAAUUCCCUCUCCGUAAACCUGGGGUUGCCCGCCCACCUGAUCCAUCGCCACAAGUCCUGGUCAGCCUAUACCACCUACGUGUCUCCGAUGGUGAGGGGAUUCCUCCAACUCUCACCUCUGGAACUGGAAAGCCCCAAGACGGGCGGCCCGGCUGACAUCGCCCAAGAAGGGCAGCAAGUAGAGAGUGAGGGGCCACCCCAGUCAGCGCUCAGCCCUCAGAAUUCAGCAGCCAUGCCCCGGGGCCAGGAGCUGGCCCCAGAUUCAGCCCAGGGCCCUUCGGCGUCAGGAUAUAAGGUCAUUUUCUCGCGGAAACCCCCACUCCGGAUACUUCCCUUUGGCUCCCAAACCGGGCACAAGGAGGGAGAGGAAAGGAAGUAUCAGCAGUUGAUGCUUGAAGAAUGACUUUCCCUCUGUUUGGGUCACCAGUGCUGUUCCCCGUGAAAUUUCUUUCAACAUUCCUUUAAAAGGCUCUACCGGACACCCCAGACUCAUUUUGGGUCAGAGUCGUAACAGGAAAGGAUCAAAACC